AUGGGGACUCCUUUGCCAAGGAAUUUGCUUGUUUUAGCAUUCUACACCCUCACCCAAGGCUUGCUUUUUACAAUGCUCUUCACAAGCUCGCUCGCUUCCACCUGCCCAAAAGGCUGCCACUGUUUGGAGCGCGGUGGACUGACAGUGGUGCAGUGCGCCUCGCGGAAUUUGGAGAGCAUCCCCCAGGAUCUCCCCCACGACACCGUCGCCCUCUUGCUCUCCUCCAACCACAUCCGCAAGAUCCCCAACCAAGCCUUCAAGGACCUGCCGCGUCUCCAGGAGCUGGACCUGUCGCGGAACCACAUCGAGACGGUGGACGCCGACGCAUUCCAGGGCGUGGCGGACAGCCUGCGCGUGCUGGACCUCUCCAACAACCUCAUCCAGAGCGUGCCCAAGGAGGCCUUCGCCCGGCUACACGCUCGCAUCCGGCUGUCCAACAACCCGUGGCACUGCGAGUGCACACUGCAGGAGGUGCUACGCGAGCUCCAGCUGGACCCUGAGACGGUCAACGAGGUCAGCUGCCACACCUCCGUAUUGGAGGAGCACGCUGGCAAGCCGGUCAUCCAGGUGCUCGACUCUGGCAUCAACUUCUGCAACUUUCACCACAAGACCACAGAUGUGGCCAUGUUCGUCACCAUGUUCGGAUGGUUCACCAUGGUCAUCGCCUACGUCAUCUACUACGUCCGGCACAACCAGGAGGAUGCUCGGAGACACCUCGAGUACCUGAAAUCUCUGCCCAGUAGCUCACAGAUAAGCAAAGAUUUUGACACAAUCAGCACAGUGUUAUAG